UCUCUCUCUCUCUGCCCAUAAUCCAAAACAGAAGUCUCUAUACUUCUUUAUUCUGGUCUUUUUGAAUGCUAGCUAGAGAAGAACAUGAGCUGGAUGGAGUCAUUGAUCUGAAGAAAGUUUUCUUUUGAAACUCCCUACACAUUAUACCCUGCCCAUAAUCCAAAACAGAAAUCUCUAUACUUCUUUAUUCUGGCCUUUUUGAAUGCUAGCUAUAGAAGAACAUGAGCUGGGAUGGAGUCAUUGAUCUGAAGAAAGUUUUCUUUUGAAACUCCCUACACAUUAUACCCAAGGCUUAUCAUCACCAUUUCCAUAGAGGUAUGCUUCCCCUGCUUUGAUAUAUGGGUUUUCUACUGGAAUUAUCAUUUGAUGGAUUGGAAAUUGGAAAAAGAUCUCUCUUUUUCAGCUUUUGAGCAGAAAUGGUUUAAUGAGUUUUAGUUUGACGUGUUCGGUAUUCUUAUCUGAGUCCUGAUGUCAUUGUUCAAAAGGACUGCCAUUUGAUUUAUAGCAGAAGGAAUGCUUCUCUGUUGUUAUUAGACCACUGCAUACCAUUUGGUCUAUUUCAAAAGACCAAAAAGAGCGACAGCUUUACCAUACUCCUUUUGAUGGUCAUUUCUAUCUUGCCUCACUUUCUUGUGUUAGAAGUUUUGUUUUGGCAGGAGAGCCUCCACUCCCAAUGGCAACCAAGAUGAAAGGGCUCUUCAAGGGAUUGAAAUAUAUCUCUCAGCUCUUUGUACAAAAGGAACAUGAGAUGGAAAUUGGAUACCCAACGGAUGUGAGACAUGUGGCACAUGUUGGUUGGGACAAUCCAUAUGGCAGUGCCCCUGCUUGGGUGAAGAUUGCAUUGCAUUGCAUGAUGGCUUGGACAAAUGCCUUGUUGAGUGAAUUCAAGACAUCAUCAGAUUAUUCAUCAGCCUCUCUUAGCAAUUUGGGGCAGUCCAGAGAGGUCUCUUGGGCUUCUCAAGAUUUUGAUCAGCCUAAAGAACUUCAACCACUUUCUGGGAUUUUUGCUGAUCAUCCUUGCCCAGAUAUACCAAAAGCUCCUAAAAGAACAAGGAGGAGAAAAGCUAAGGACUCAUCCCCAUCCUUAUCGUCGUGAUCGUCAAAGUCGAGCUUCAUAUACCACUGCAAUUGAAGACACCAGUGAAAAACAAAAUGAAUAUGAAAUGGUUUAGAGAUUUUUUGAUGUGUUUGUGUUAAAUUUCAUCUUCUUAGUUAGGAAGACAUUUGAUUCCUGUUCAGAAAUCUCAAUGUUUAGCUAAGAAAGAUAAAUGCAUACAUUUUCAUUUGUCAUUUUGAAAAGAAAAUUUCA